UCACAGGUCAAACCACACUGCCAGAUUUUUAUCUGACGACGAAGAAAAUAUUUUCAUUGAUUUUCAUCACACCUUAAUUGAUUUAUUUACGUUUCUUUUAGACAAGUCUUCAUUGGUGUUCAAACCAUAAAACCGAAAAGACAUGUCAGAAUCAUAUGACUUUCUCUUCAAAUUUCUUGUGAUUGGAAGUGCUGGUACUGGAAAGUCAUGUAUCCUGCACCAGUUCAUUGAAAACAAAUUCAAACAAGAUUCAAAUCAUACUAUUGGAGUUGAAUUUGGGUCAAAAAUUAUCAAUGCUGGUGGAAAAUCGGUGAAAUUACAAAUCUGGGACACAGCUGGUCAAGAGAGAUUCAGGUCAGUGACAAGGAGUUACUACCGAGGAGCUGCAGGAGCUCUGUUAGUUUAUGACAUUACAAGCCGUGAAACCUACAAUGCUUUGACAAAAUGGCUGACUGAUGCCAGAACUCUUGCCAGCCCAAACAUUGUCAUCAUUUUGUGUGGAAACAAGAAAGAUUUAGAUGCAGAUAGAGAAGUCACCUUCCUUGAGGCUAGCCGCUUCGCCCAAGAAAAUGAAAUGAUGUUCUUGGAGACAAGUGCUCUGACAGGAGAGAAUGUAGAGGAAGGCUUCUUGAAAUGUGCAAGGUCCAUAUUGAAUAAAAUAGAAUCAGGUGAGCUUGAUCCCGAAAGAAUGGGUUCUGGUAUCCAAUAUGGUGAUGCAUCGUUACGGAAAAUCACGAGACAACCACAGAGGACUGCGGGAAGUGGUGGACAACAAAACUGCGCGUGCUAAAGAAGAUUAUCAUGUGAGGGUUAAUAAAAAUCAGAAUACAUCUCGUUAUAAAUGUCAUAAAUCGAGGCACACUGUUCAAGGUAACAGUUAUCAACAUAGUAAAUACUGUACAAUACAAUAUGAGGUCUGUUUAACAUAACUGUUAACAUAGUGCAUAUUCUUAUAUAUCUCAUGAUAUCUGUAUCUCUAUAUAUAUGUAUAUUAAAAUAUAUGUGGUUUGUAUUACUUUAUUCCUUGAAGAUACCUUAAAUAUAUUUGAAAUUUCACAUCUCAUCAAAUGUGCAAUGAAAUGCCAUUCUUGUUGCAUUUUCCCUUUUUCUUUUUUGCUAACAAUAAAAGCUAUGACAUUUUGUUUAUUUUUAAUCAAAGCAUUUAAUUCCCAUUCUUAUUGUAUUAAUUGUGAUCAUUAGCAAGUGCUUGAAGCGCUUCUGGUUGUGAAUGGGUAAUUAAUGGAGUGUUCCAGACUAUCAAUCAAAUUUAACAGUUCUGACCAAUCAGGGCAAUGCUGUAGUUUUGUGGAAACUUAGCAACAAUAUCCAAAGGGCGGGGCUUAAGCUAGUCGCUGGCUCACUGGGAGUGCUAAGCAAGUGCUGGUUGUCAGCAAGUCUGAAUGAAUCAUUUUUAUUGCGUUGGCUGACGACCGUCGGGCACAAUGAAUGCCCUGCCAUUGUUGCUUUUGAAUGAAUCCAAGAAUUGUACUGUACCUUCAUCUUUCUGGUAGUUUAGGCAAACGUUCCAUUCUUAACUUUUCCCAUUAAGCACUUUUGAAUAUUAUAACACAUUUAGUUAUCUUUUAUCUCUAACUAACCAACAUGGAUUUAACAAAUAUAUGUUGAUCAUUGUUGAAUAAUAGGAAUAUUAA